CCUCAUUAUCAGUGAGACAAGAAUGCAGACCUCAGGACAGCGAAAAAGCUUCGAGAAUCCGAAUGCCAACAGUGCAAGUAGUAGUAAUAGCAGCGGUAGCCAAAGCAGCAGUCAGGCUUGGCCAUCGCCACAAUCAGCCUCGUCAUUCUCGCGCUUCCAGGACAUCGAGGUGCCUCUAGGCGGCACAACUGAAUUGAACGAUGAUGCUAAAGAGAAAUCGCUGCGUAGGAGAUCCUUACUGGAUGAACGUGCAGCGCGUCGGCGCUCAUUACUCUCCUAUGGGGCAGAGGACGGCGAUAGACGUCGAAGCUUAAACAACAACAACGCAGGCGGAAGCAGUAGUAACUUGGCCAGUCCAGGAAGUAAACUUCGACCUAGUGGCACUAGCAGUCUUCUUGGAGUUGUCGAAUCGCAUCAAGCACCAUUACCAUCAUUACUCAAAGUGUCAGCCGAUAGUUUUGAACAAUGGCUCAAACUUGCAACUGACAACAAGAUCAACGCCAACAACAGCUGGAAUUUUGCAUUGAUUGAUUAUUUUCACGAAAUGUCACUGCUGCGAGAAGGAGACUCGAUCAAUUUUCAAAAAGCAUCAUGCACACUGGACGGGUGCGUCAAAAUUUAUACCUCGCGUGUCGACUCGGUUGCAACUGAGACUACAAAGUUGCUUGGCGGCUUGGCAACAAGUGCGAAAGGACCUGAACAGGGUGGUUCAGAGGAUAGGGAUGAAGAUGAUGAAGAACAAGAUAAGCCAGCAAAGAAGAAACACGCAAAUCGCAGCGGUAACACUCUUGCUAAAGAUUUUAGUACUCUCUCUCUCGAAAAAUUUAACCUGGAAUUCUCAGUAGAUCCUCUCUUCAAAAAGACUUCCGCUGAUUUUGAUGAGGGCGGCGCACGUGGUUUAUUGCUUAACCACCUACAUAUGGAUGCAGAAGGAAAAAUCAUCUUUGAUGCUGGUGAUGCUCGUGAUGAGGGCGAUGAUGAAUACGAGGAUGAGAGAGCUGAAGGUGGAGGAGAAGACGAAGAUCGGGAUACACAGGAGCAGGACGAAAAUGAAAUAUCACCAGAGAAAAAGCUUAAACGAAAGAUAGAAAUUGAAUCGGCAACGAUAGAUAUCCAAAGGCUCCGGUCCAAGUUUUUACCAUCACUAAAUCAAAUUUUUCAAAAGGACAUUUGUCCUUCUCUAAAAGAUUUUCAACUUACAGGAACAUCAGAUAUGGACUUUUCGUUCUUGAAGCGCUUUCAUGAUGAAAAUGAGGAUGAAGACGAUUGGCAUGCCGAAAACAAUCAAGAUAGAGAUACUUUCGCUCUUGACAACUUUGAUGACGACGUUGACUUUGGCAAUCCAGAAGUGUACGAUCCCGAUAACACACGUGAUCAUGAUAUGGUAUUAGAAGAACCGAAAGAGGAACCCCAGGAUGAUAACCGAAUUAUGGAUGCAUUUGGUGACUUGGAUGAUCAGAUUGCAGCUCAGCGUGCAGGACCUGCAUUUGACAACAACAUUCUGGACACAGAUGAUCUUAUGGUCAAGGGACACCCAGAUAUGUACUCAUAUUUUGACGCGGCUCUUUUGCGCAACUGGGCCGGUCCCGAACAUUGGAAACUACGGCGCAUUUCUAAAGACAAAGCUGCUCCUUCAAUUCCAGCCGAGGGAACUGUGCCUGGCGAAGAAGAUGUGACAGCUGGCACAACCAAGAAACGGACAGGAAAAGUUCCAUUGUUUAUCAACUUUACAGAUGCUCCGGAAGUAGAUGAAGAUGAACUAUUUGCACCAGCAGAUGCGUCUUCACUUUUGUUUACGCAGGCGAACGAAGCAGAGAACAGGAAGUCAAAGCAUGUCCUCCCAGAUGAUAUCCACUUUUCAUCCAAGCAACUCUUGCGCAUGUUUACGAAACCCAGCUUUAUUAUAAAAUCCAAGACUCGGAGACAUCAGUCUGGAUAUCUUCAAAACCCUGAACAAGAAUCAUUUAACAUUGUAUUUCCAGAUGAAGAGUUUUGGGCGUCACAUACUAACAAUGUGGAAGAUAAUGAUGUCGCUGCACUAACAGAUCAGUUGGAUCAGACUCAGAUUUAUAACGACUACAUUGAGGAUGACGAGGAUGAUUAUGGAUUCCAAGAACAGGGCUUCUUUGCCAAUGUAGGUGGCGACAAUAUCGGAAUUGGUACUAUGGGUGGAAUAGGUCUUGGACUUGGGCUUGGACUUGAUGGCGAUGGUAAUGACUAUGCGAGUCAACUGGUCUCUCAACCCAAACGUGUCAAGGCGGCAUUUAUCAACUUCUCCAAGACUGCCAAGAAGGUAGACGUCAAAAAACUGAAGGACAAUAUUUGGAAGGAGAUGACUCAACAAGCACUGAAACGACAGCCAGUAGGCGAGGAUCUAGAUAAAGGGAGGAGCAAGAAGAAGGCCAAUGUAGAGAGUAGCAUGGAAAAUGGCACUGAGGCAGUAGAGAAUAUUGAUGCAAGCAUGGGAGAUGAAGCCGAAGGCUAUGUCAAGAAGGAACAACGAUUCACGGAGAUUAUUGGUGGUCUGAACAAGAUGUAUCCAGAGCAUAAGUUGAAGGAAAUUUCAGUACCAUUUUGCUUUAUCUGCCUGUUACAUCUUGCGAAUGAGAAGAAUUUAUCUAUUGAAGGUUCCGAGAACCUAGCGGAGCUGAUAGUUAGGCAACCGUAAAUGCAAAAACAUAGGGUACAUUUUGCAUUUUAUAUUUCCAUAUCCAAUCCAUAUCCACAACCCCAUUCCCGUCCAUAUCCACAUCCGCAUCUUCAUCUACCAAUCUACAAGGGUACAUUGAGCAUUAGUUCAUGUGUCCACCUUUUCCUUACUUGUCACUGUAAAAAUAAUUACG